GUAAAGUGUUAAACAAUUAAAUGCAGUCAUAGAAUGGGAUCCAUAGACAACAUAUUUUUAGUGUUUUUAACACUAAUUCUUAUAUGUUUUUCACUAAUAAAUGCACAGAAUGUAAAGAAUUCAAGCAUCGAAACGAUUAAUGUCUUACUAAACGAUCUUGGUAAUGGACAAAUCAUUGAAAGUCCUGGAUUUCCCACUAAGCCCUAUCCCAAAGACUAUAAAGUUAAUUAUGAAAUUAAGGUAAAUCUAAGCGAAAGAAUCCAACAGUUAUCGAGUCGACUGAGACUUACGUUAGAAUACGUUGCGAUCGACCCGUCAGACCACUGCAAAGACACUAAUUUACAAAUAAUAUUUCCUAAGGGAGAGCUGAGAACUUUUUGUGGACUACACGCCGGAAAAACAAUGGUUUCCGACUCGGGUUCGGCCAGAAUUGAGUUUAGGGGCAAUUCUUUAGGUCAGGACAGGGGCUACAAAAUACGGACCGAAAUUAUUUCGUCUAAAUGUUCGCAAAAAUUCGUGAAUCAAAGCAAAGGUAUUAUACAAACACCAAAUUAUCCCAAGAAUUAUGGCAAUGAAGACACUUGUGUUUGGGAUAUUGAGAUCCCGAAAGGCAAAUACGUUAAAUUGGAUUUUGACGACACGUUUGCCAUCAAUGCUACCAAUGAUAUUUGUGCCGAAGAUUAUCUGCUGGUCAGCCAAAGCGGGGACUUUGAUACUGAUGUUCAAAGGUUUUGCGGUACUCAAAAGCCAGACGUUAUAAUAUCGGACUCAAACAGAAUGCUUAUUAAAUUCAACUCAAAUUCUGUAAACACUGGCAAAGGAUUUCGGGCUAAGUUUGUUGAACACGACAGACCAGAGGCCGCGCCCGCGAGACUACCCGAACUCACACCCGAAGGCUGUCCUUGCGGCAAAGAAAAUCUACGAAUCGUUAAGCGAAUAGUUGGCGGCAAAGAAGUAGAUCCGGCGCAUCGAUAUCCAUGGAUGGUCUCCGUUGGAUCGAUUCGUGGAUCUCCUUUCUGUGGCGGCGCUCUUAUCAAUAAUUAUUAUGUAUUGACUGCCGCCCACUGUGUGUACGACGAGGUGCCCGAAAGUAUUGGCGUCCGAAUCGGUCAGCACAGCCUUCAGGAGUCGACACCCAUAUUAAAGAUCACCAAAAUUACGGUAAACGACAAAUACAACUCCGUGUCCCAGAAGGACGACAUCGCACUCCUCCGACUCGCCCAACCCAUCAAAUACACUGACUAUAUCGCGCCCGUAUGCCUACCGCCCAGCGAUCUGACCGAACCCGACAAUCUGAAAGUCGCCGGUUGGGGACGCACUGAAGAGGGCGGCAGAACCAGCGCUGUGUUGAACGAGAUAUCUCUACCGGAAUAUUCUUUCGCCAAAUGUGAGGACAAAUACAGUGGUCUCAUCACAACUGACCAGUUAUGCGCCGGUGGUGUCAAAGGACAGGACACGUGUCAGGGAGACUCCGGCGGACCGCUCACGUCGCGCGUUAACGGCAGGACUGAUAUCAUGGGCAUUGUCUCGUGGGGUAUCGGCUGCGCGCGUGAGAACUAUCCCGGAGUUUAUACAAGAAUCACAUCAUAUCUCAAAUGGAUUGAAGACAAUACCAAAGACGCGACCUAUUGUCUGGCCGUCAACGGGACGACAGGUCAGACCGGACUCGACCCUCCCAUUCAACCAAAUUACGAUACCUGUGGUGUACCUAAUCUUCGUCUAUCGAAACGAGUUGUCGGCGGAACUGAAACAAAGCCGCAAGAGUUCCCAUGGAUUGGAUACGACAGACAAUUGGGAGUCAUUUUAUUGACGUUAAGCUCCUUAUCAUUGAUUUAUUACACGCUUUGGAUAAUUGUUAUCCCAAUGGUUAACGAGAGGCACAUAAUUAGGGACUUCUUUCCCCGCGAAUCCAUGGCAUUAGCGCUCGGAAUACCCAUUGGUAUCGGAACCGCUUUCUUCCUCUUCGUCGCCGUCUUUGCCUUCAUUCAGAUGAAGAAUAUAUGACUUUCCGUACCAACACUUCGCACACAUUUCAGACAUUCACUCACGAGUAGAGACAAAAUCCAUAAUUAAAUUAUUAAUUCAUUAUUUAAUAAUCGCUUUUUAUAAACAAAUUAAACAUUUAUUUGUUUGUCACAAAACGUCCGCAAAAUAUAAUAGUUUUGUUUUAAUGUAAAUAUUAAUUAAAAGUAUUCAUAAUUUACAAUACA